AUGUCGGAACCGCUGGGCCGCGAGUCUUCACAGGGCAAGUUCCCCUUCCGCGACACGCACUUCGCCGUGAGCUCCGAGAAGGCCAGGGCCGCCGCCGGGGCCGCGGGAAGGGCCCGCGGUUUCGCCUGCCUCGGGCACGACGGCCUGGCAUCGCGCUCGGCGAAGAAGAAGCUCGGGUGGAAGUGCAAGCACACGCUGAAGGAGCCCCCGGGGGAGCCCUGCGUGCGCCUGCCUGGCAGCUUUUCGGCCAGCGAGCUCGCGGACUGGGGUGUGGCAGCGGAGAGGCUCGGGCGGACAGGUGGCGAGCGGGAGCCAGAGGCCGAGGAGGCUGGAGAGGGAGAUCCGAAGACGGCGGCCGGGCCCGGCCCGGCCGCUGGGCUGGGUGCCCGGCCUUUGCGCCGGCGGUGGCCCGGGGACAGGGAGCUCGGAGGACCCGUUAUUUUCAUGACUAAUCUGCCUCAUGUCAAGGUGGUCCACAAGGACCCCAACCUGCUGAGCGGCGCUGAGCGCGGUGCGGUGGAGCGCAUCAGCAAGGACGAGGAGCUGCAGGGGCUCUCCAGGAGCUCCGCCGCCAGCGUGGUGCGCGGUGAGCGAUUCGGGAGACGUUCCCGGCUCGUCGUCGCGGUCGUGGCCGUCGAGGCCGAGGCGGCGCUGCCCUACGUGCGCGAGAGGAGGAUCCCCAAGAUGUGA